CCCUGGGUUAUGAAAUAUUUCCUCUCUGCCGGGUCCCAGACAAGAGAUGGCAUCUGCAGAGCCAGAAAAGGAAGUCCUUGCCUUAUAGAGAGAGCUCUUGGUGUGACACAAUGGCUGAUAUAAAGUGUCGGGGGAGCUGAGUUGAAGCAAAGGAACAAAGGAAGAUCAAGAUUCGGUGGCUGUCUCAGGCAAAAGGAAAGUGGAAAGUGUCUUGGGGAUGGAUAAAUUUAAGGCUGCCCUUGUUCUGGCUGGGGUAGGGGAUGCUCUCGGUUACCGCAAUUUCUCCCGUGAAAACAAUGCCUUAGGUGCAAAAAUCCAGCAGGAGCUGAAGGAAAUUGGAGGGCUUGAGAACCUGGUGCUGUCUCCCGACAAGUGGCCAGUAAGUGACAACACGCUCAUGCACAUGGCUACAGCUGAGGCUGUCAUCACAGAUUACUGGUGUCUGGAGGACCUGUACCGGGAGCUGGUGAGGCGCUACGUGGACGCCGUGGACAAGCUGUCGGGCAGGCGGCCGGACCCCGCCACCAUCGAGGGCUGCAGGGAGCUCAAGCCAGACAACCACCUUCUGGCCUGGCACACGCCCUUCAACGAGAAGGGUUCUGGAUUUGGAGCUUCCACAAAAGCCAUGUGUUUAGGGAUGCGAUACUGGAAGCCAGAAAGGCUGGAGACACUUAUUGAAGUGAGCAUUGAAUGUGGACGAAUGACUCAUAACCAUCCCACAGGUUUUCUAGGGUCCCUUUGCACAGCCCUCUUCGUGGCAUAUGCAAUACAAGGGAAACCCCUUGUGCAGUGGGGAAGAGAGAUGAUGAAGGUUGUGCCAAUGGCUGAAGAAUACUGUAAGAAGACCAUCCGUCACAUGGCAGAAUAUCAAGAGCACUGGUUUUACUUUGAAGCCAAGUGGCAGUUUUAUUUGGAGGAGAGAGAAAUCAAUGAGGAAAAUCAGAAUCAACCUGUCUUUCCAGCCAACUAUGAUGCAGAGGAGAGAGAAAAGACCUACCGGCGCUGGAGCUCCGAGGGCCGCGGGGGGCGGCGAGGCCACGACGCCCCCAUGAUCGCCUACGACGCCCUGAUGGGCUGUGGAGGGGACUGGACAGAGCUCUGCAACCGCUCCAUGUUCCACGGAGGGGAGAGCGCGGCGACCGGGUCCAUCGCCGGCUGCCUGUUCGGCCUGGUGUACGGCCUGAGCAAGGUGCCCAAGGGCUUGUACCAGGACCUGGAACAAAGGGAGAGGCUCGAGUUCUUGGGAGAGAACCUUUACCGACUGUCCAUGGAGGAAAAGUAAAGCAGUUUCUGCCAUUUUCUCUUUCUAUAAAGACUAUAUCAAACCCUGUAAAUAUCUGACUGGCAUUCGCAGUGAAGGAAGUAGCCUUGAGUUAGUCUGAAGAGCUCAAUGUACAUCACGUGCAAGUGAAGAUAGCAGACUUAUUAGACUGAUUAGAAUUAUUAGACUGGCUAGAUAUAUGUGAUAUUUGUGGGUUUUUUACAGAUGUAGGGAUUUCUAAAUAUAAGGAGUGCUGCUUAAACCUCAAAUGGCAAAAAAGAAAUAAAAUGUCUUUUGACUGAUUUCAGUCUAACUUGCUAUAAUACCACUUCCUAAACAGCUGUUUCCAGUAAUUACACAUACAAAAUUAAUUUUCAGAACUAAUGCUUUCUUGCAAAACUAAUGGUAGUACCCACUCACGGGGAUAUUCUCUGUAUAUUUGACAAUCCUUUCACCACUGUGUCCCUCCUUGUUCUCAAAUCUAAUGUGUCUGUGACACUUGUAAGCCUAAUGUCUCAUGGAUUAGCUUUUAAUGAACCACUGAUCCCUGUAUCAGCACUGUGGUGUAAGGUAUUGUUACAUUAGAAGCUUCCAGAAAAGGAAAAGCCAACACUAAAAAUACCUCCAAGGAACAAGCAAAGCACCAGUGUGUCUAAAAUUUCUGAUCAGUGUGUCUAAAAUUUCUGAAUUAUGUUUUUAUUCUUCUUCAGUCUUCAGAACAAAAGUUUCUCUAAAAUAUAACUGG